GGCAUUGGGGCAACUGUACCCAAAAGCUUGCUUUCCGCCAAAGGAUUCCAGAUACUAUAUCUCGUGAUGAAUAAUUGCCAGCAAGGGUGGCUUAGGUCACAAUUUUAUGUGAAGCGUCAACAGCUGUUGUAGCUUUUAUUAUGUGGAUCCCGUUGCUGCCCCAAUCCACAAAGCUAGGGCUCAUCAUAUACGGGCUUACCCAGCCCGGUAAACAUUGGGAACAACGGGGAUAGAACGUUGCUUCACUCUCGCCAUUCCGUUGACGUUGAAGAGUUCUGGCGUCCGAGUCACUGAUUUGGAAACAAGCCCUCUUGGACUGCCGACAGCGAUACUAGCCUUGUUAGGCUAGGAUCACGGUACUCGCGAUUAACAAAGCUAACGCUGAUAGCCACUUUUGACGCUGGCCGGGCGGCACUUAGAGGGAUAGCCUCUUCCUUCGUUAUUAUGUCCCGAGCGAGCAUUGCCAAUCAAAGCGACAGUGACACCUUCCGCUCACAUAUGCCAAAUACCGGUCCCAACCAUGAUGGUUCAAGGGGGACAGGCUUUGUCAACCAUGAUAAACAGUCUCCUCAGAGCGCCGGAGACCCUGCUCGUUGGCGUUCGGAAGCGCUGUUCCGCUUCGCUUCGCCCACCCCGCCGAAGAAGCCGAGCUCCAGAGGACCAGGAGCAGGAUCUGGAACAGGCUCGAGUUACGUUUUAGUAUCUCCAACGUCUCCAGUUGCCAAGUCCCCUUCCUUGUCAUCGGCUCAUUCAGCCAAACCACCUGACGUGCCGCGGGUUCCAACCCCCAGUACUGUCGUAGAAUAUGACACUCGGUCUGUUGUUUCGUACGGUUCAACGAACGGGAGAAACCAACCUCGCGGAACGACAAACUCAGUCUUCAACGCGGAGGCGAUCUCGACAAACAGACCAGCCUCCAGAACCUCAAAUCGCGGGGACUCCAUUAAUUCGCUCAAAUCACGACAUCGGUCUACCACAUCUCCAUUGCCCGCUCUGGACGAGGACCCAUGCAAAUAUGGGACGAUGCUCAGAAACAUACGUGACGCCGAGAUACGGAGACUCAAGGAAGAAAAUGCUAGGCUGAAGUUUGCUAAAGAAGAUGCGGAGAGGAGAUUGAUUGAUUGUCAGAUGGAAGCAUCCAUCGUGCAGGAAUUUGAUUAUCUGUCCUCGGGCCUGAAUAAACUAAUGCAGAAGGAUUGAAGAAAUGGUGUUGUUGUAUACGAUUCCAGCUCUUUUUGUAUAUCGACUCCGGUUUGUUUGUACAUGACCCGAUGGUAGUCACAUAGUUCUGUGGGUACUUCCAGACUCCAAUGACAGCGC